AUGGAAGACUCUGAUUUGUUUCAGAUCGAAAUAGCUAGCUCAAAUUUCGACUCUACCAUCCCAAUAUACCCAGAAAGCGUCAGUUGCGCCAAGAAAACAAAUCUAGACGAACAAUACACCAGUGCUCAGUCUCAGCCGCCACAUGAGGAUUGCACAAAAAAUAUAGACGUUCAAUAUCAGACACUUAACAGCCAUCCCAAACCAACAACCUUUUCUUUUCAGGAAGACACAAAUGCGGCCUCUAUCAGAGAGCACAAAAUAAGAGUAAGCACUCUAUACACUGAAGAUCGUAUGGCUAUUUCAGAUUUUCUACGCCGUCAUAAGUGCCAUUCAGUGACACCCCAAAGCUCAAAAAUCAUCAUACUUGAUACUCGAAUAUCUCUCCGGGCUAGUUUUUUGGCCUUGGAAGAAAACGACACAGAUUCUGCCAUCUUAUGGGAUUCUACCGAGCGCCACUAUGCAGGAUUGGUGACCAUUGGAGAUCUAGUUUCAGCGAUACUGGGUCAACUUCCCAUAUCGAUCGAACAUUUGCAUGAUGAACAGCUUAUGGAAUUUAUGUUAGGACGACUGCAGUCUAUUGUUGUCCACGACAUCAAACCUAGACACCAUCUGAUUACCGUAAAUUCUGAAUUUUCUAUUUACGACAGUUGCAAAGCUCUAUCACAAAACAAACUCCACAGAAUUCCAAUUGUUGCUCAGGAAGACGAAAAUAUCAUGUUGUACAUUCUAAACACAACUUAUAUCGCCACUUUCCUCAUGAAAUCUUUCAAGAAAAAACUGGCCAUAUUCGAUGCCUUGUUGGAGUGCUUAAACAUCGGUACAACUGCUACAAACUUGGUGACCUGCAAAGGCCAUUCGCGGUUCUUUGAAGCUCUAAAACUGCUCAGCGAACAUCAACUUUCCGUUAUUCCAAUAGUCGACGAUGACAAUCGUUUACUGAACGUUCUCCAUAAAAGAGAUCUUGUUAGCGUACCUCAUGCAGACAUAUUGAAAACGCUGUUUCAACCAACUGAUAAAGUCAUAGAAAAAAUAGGUAAAAUAAAAAAAAAAUAUGCCUGUUGUAAAUCUGUUGAAACACUUGGCACUAUUUUAAACAGAAUGGUCGACCAUAGGAUCAGAAGUCUUAUAAUUAUCGACAACCGCAAUAUGGUAACUGGUAUAGUAUCAUUGAACGAUAUAUACGCACUAUUUUUAUAA